AUGUCUUCACCUACAAAAAUGCCUUCCAAAGGCCCUUAUCUUCCAACAAUGGCUGGUCUGGGAGGCACACCUACCACAACCCUCGACGACCCUAUAACCGCCGUCUUCCUCUUCCUAUUUGUAUGCGGCGCUAUCACACAUAUGACAAUCCUACAAAUCAACCUGAGGAGGGGCACAAAAUUCGUCAUGAGCGGCAUGACAUUUGGUUUCUGCAUGGCCAGAAUAACAGCUUGUACCAUGCGUUUAGUCUGGAGCACCCACCCACACAAUAUAUCCGUCGCCAUCGCCGCCCAAAUCUUCAUCGCGGCCGGCGUCAUCCUCCUCUUCAUCAUAAACCUAAUCUUCACCCAACGAGUUCUGCGAGCCUGUCAUCCUCACUGGGCAUGGACGAAAUGGUUCUCUAUGGCAUUCAAGCUCUACUACGCAUCCAUCGUCAUCAUGCUCAUCGCCCUCAUAACAUGUACCGUGCAGUCCUUCUACACGCUCUCCCACAACACGCGACGCAUCGACCGAGACGUGCAGCUCGUCGGCAGCACGUACUUCGCCACCGCGGCCUUCAUGCCCCUCCCGCUGCUCUUGCUCGUCGGCGUCCUGCCCAAGCAAUCGCGCGUCGAGAAGUUCGGCCAGGGCCGCUUCAGGACCAAGGUCUACGUCCUGGUCUUCUCAUCCCUGCUGCUGACGCUUGGCGCGGCGUUCAGAUGCGGCAUUGCGUAUGUGCCGAAGCCAUUGGCGCACCCGGCUUGGUAUCAUAGCAAAGCGUGCUUCUAUCUCUUUAACUUCACGAUCGAGUUUACGAUCGUGGCGUUGUAUGCAAUUAUUAGGGUUGAUAAGCGCUUUCAUGUCCCGAAUGGCAGCCAUAAGCCUGGGGAUUAUAGUGGGGGGCUGCAGAGGAAGGUGAGUUUGGCGGAUCGUGUUAUGAGUGAGGAGAUGGUUUUUAGUGACGAGCCGAGUUCUGAUACACCGGAAGCGGAGAAGAGGAAUGGGCAUGUGUAG